AGAUCCUAGCUCUCUCUCCAACGCCCCACCAUCCCAGAGAGAGAAAUAACGUUCCUUUCUUUCAAUGGUGGAAGCGCAGACAUGGACCACCCGCAGAAUGAGCAACCCCAGGUUGGUGGACCCCAAAGUCUCCGACCAAGUCCUUGACAUUCCGGCGACUCCACCGGGAGAUGCACGGCAAUGUCAGUCAUGGGGCGUCGGAACUACCUUCUCUCCGACCAUGUUAACCGCCACCAUCAUUGCAUCAUGGUACCUCUCCAACAUCGGAGUCCUCCUUCUGAACAAGUACCUUCUCAGCAUCUAUGGUUUCCGCUACCCCAUCUUCCUGACAAUGCUUCACAUGUUGUCUUGCGCUGCCUACAGUUACGUCGCCAUUAACUUCCUCGACCUCGUUCCCUUGCAACACAUCCACUCCAAGAAACAGUUCCUCAAGAUCUUCGCUCUCAGCGCCAUCUUCUGCUUCUCCGUUGUUUGUGGCAACACUUCCCUCAGGUACCUUCCCGUUUCCUUCAACCAAGCCAUUGGAGCCACGACACCGUUUUUCACUGCGGUUUUCGCAUUUUUAAUCACUUGUAAGAAGGAGUCCGGUGAGGUUUACUUGGCCCUUUUGCCUGUAGUGUUUGGAAUCGUUGUUGCCAGCAACAGUGAGCCUUUGUUCCAUUUGUUUGGGUUUUUGGUUUGCGUUGGUUCAACUGCGGGUCGUGCUUUGAAAUCCGUGGUUCAGGGGAUUUUGUUGACUUCUGAGUCGGAGAAGCUUCAUUCCAUGAACUUGCUUCUGUAUAUGGCUCCAAUGGCUGCUCUCAUCUUGCUUCCUUUUACUCUCUAUAUUGAAGGGAAUGUGGCGUACGUUACGCUUCAGAAGGCAAAGGGAGAUUGGUUUAUCGUUUUCUUGUUGGUUGGGAAUGCAACUGUGGCUUAUUUGGUGAAUCUUACGAAUUUUUUGGUUACUAAACACACGAGUGCAUUGACAUUGCAAGUGUUGGGAAACGCUAAAGCGGCUGUGGCGGCUGUAGUUUCGGUUUUGAUAUUCAGGAAUCCCGUUACGGUGAUGGGCAUGACGGGAUUCGCGGUUACAAUCAUGGGUGUGGUGCUGUACAGUGAGGCCAAGAAGAGAUCCAAAGUUACAACUCAUUGACAGAUAAUUCUCAAAAUUCAUUUCUUUUCUAUUUGUUUUAAUGUCCGAAAACACGGUGGCUUUUCUUUUAUUAUUAAUAUUGCACGAUUUAUUUUUUAUUUUGGUUGAUUAAAUUACAGUAGUUGGUGUUGUAUAGGAAGAAAGGGUAAGGGGAAGUGUUGUACUCUUUUUCUCUUUUUAGUCCCCUUUUUUUUUAUGUUGGUUUAGGGGGACUAGGGGUGGUGAAGGGAAUUUAAAUUCGAUCUUUUUCUUGCCCUUGUGUAAUCUUAUAAGAUGAUCGAUGUCAUUUGGCAACACUGAUA